AUGAGUUCAGUGAUUAGAAAUGUUCCAAGAGGAGUGAAGAGCGUUGCCAAGGUGCAGAAGACUGGCAUGCACCAAUCAAUGAGGUGCUUAAGUGACGAAGCUGGCUUCAGAAUAGAGACCGAUGGGUUCGGAGAGAUUAAAGUUCCUGCCAACAAAUAUUGGGGUGCCCAGACUGAGAGAUCUUUUGAGAACUUUAGGAUUGGCGGCCCUCGUGAGAGAAUGCCUGAUCCAGUGGUGAAAGCGUUUGGCGUGUUGAAGAAGUCUGCUGCUAUAGUGAAUGAAGGAUACGGGACUUUGGACCCACAGAUUUCGAAAGUGAUCCAAGAGGCUGCUGACGAGGUUAUUCAAGGUAAAUUGAACGACCAUUUCCCCCUGGUAGUGUUUCAAACUGGUUCUGGUACCCAAUCAAACAUGAAUGCUAACGAAGUUAUUUCGAACAGAGCUAUCGAACUGCUAGGAGGUACAUUGGGGUCCAAGCAAGUUCACCCAAAUAACCAUGUUAAUCAAGCUCAAUCAUCUAACGAUAGCUUCCCAACAGUUAUGCAUAUUGCUGCUGUUACUGAAAUAACCGAUCAUUUAAUUCCUGAAGUGGCUAACUUGAGAGAUGCUCUAGAGUCUAAGUCAAAAGAUUUUGCUCACAUUGUCAAAAUCGGUAGAACCCAUUUACAAGACGCAACUCCAUUGACAUUGGGCCAAGAGUUCAGUGGCUACGUUCAACAAUUGACGAAUGGUAUCGGCCGUAUUGAACAUUCUUUGAUUAAUUUAAAGUUUCUAGCUCAGGGUGGUACAGCAGUUGGUACUGGACUAAACACUAGAAUUGGUUUUGCUGAAAAGAUAGCUGAACAGAUUUCUAAAGAAACAGGCGUUGCUUUCAAGACUGCUCCAAAUAAAUUCGAAGCUCUUGCUGCUCACGAUGCUAUAGUUGAAGCCAGUGGCGCUAUCACCACUGUUGCUACCUCCUUGUUUAAGAUUGCUCAAGAUAUUAGAUACUUGGGUAGUGGUCCAAGAUGUGGUUACGGUGAAUUAUCAUUGCCAGAAAACGAGCCAGGUUCUUCAAUCAUGCCUGGUAAGAUCAACCCAACACAAAACGAAGCUGUCACCCAAGUAUGUGCCCAGAUCAUAGGUAACAACCAAACCAUCAUCUUUGCGGGUACACAAGGUCAAUUCGAAUUGAAUGUAUUCAAGCCAGUUAUGAUCUCUAACUUAUUAAGCUCUAUUAGACUCUUAGGCGACGUCUCUAAGUCCUUCCGUAUCCAUUGUGUUGAAGGCAUCAAAGCCAACGAGGAAAGAAUUGCCGACUUGAUGAACAAGAGUCUGAUGCUGGUCACCGCUUUGAACCCAAAGAUCGGUUACGAUGAAGCCACGAAAGUCGCAAAGAACGCACACAAAAAGGGUAUCACCUUAAAGGAGAGUGCAAUGCAAUUGGGGUCCCUUACUGAAAGUGAGUUUGACGAAUGGGUCGUCCCAGAAAAGAUGAUUGGCCCAAAAUAA